AUACUUGGUAAUUCGCGCUAUAUCGAUGAUUAUAAUAGUUUAAAAGAAAAACAAACAACAGAUACUUCACAACUGUACAGAGUUAUUCCUACGUCUGUUACUGAACUUCUGCAGUCGUAGGCAACCAACCUCCACAAAAAGUAUGGACUUACAUGUGUAAAAUAUUCUAUCCAUAAAUCUAUACGUACUCUUUGAUCGUAAAAUAGUUAUUGACGUAUCAAGUUCUACGGUAAAACAUCAAAAUAUAAUUUUUUUUAUACACAAAUACUCAAAGUGAUUUUUAUACACUUGAUAGUUAUUUGAUAUGGAAGAUAAGAACUGCCAUCCAUGUGAACAGGAAAUUAUCGAGAAACUUCCAGCUUGCCCUCUUCAAUGCAUGUCACCGAAGUGCAAGGCUUAUAAAAACAGAGUACUAAUUGACUCCAGCAAGACCCCGAUAAUCUGGGUUCUGGGGGGGCCUGGAUCAGGCAAGGGAACGCAAUGCGAGAAGAUCAAUACUAAAUAUGGGCUUGCUCACCUUUCGACUGGUGACCUUCUCCGUGUUGAAGCGAAACGUGGCUCCGAGAGAGCAAAGACUCUAGCUGGUAUUAUGGAACGGGGUGAACUUGUUCCGAAUGACAUCGUUCUGGAUAUACUGAAAACGGCAAUGUUGGAGCUGGCUGGUAAAGUGAAGGGCUUCUUGAUCGAUGGAUAUCCGCGAGAGAAGUCACAAGGAGCCGAAUUCGAAAAACAGAUCGCGCCAGUUACUGUAAUAAUUUACUUCGAAGCAUCGUCAGAAACCCUCACUAAGAGGCUGUUGGGUCGCGCUCUAACUUCGCGUCGCUUUGAUGAUAAUGAGGAAACCAUUAAACUGCGGAUCAAAACUUUUCUCGACAACAAUGAACAAGUCAUUGCACAGUAUCCUGACAAAGUUAAAAUGAUAAACGCCGAGGGCACCGUAAAUGAUGUCUUCGAUCAAGUCGUGGAGAUCCUCGACCCACUCGUUACACGUUGAGAUACCUUUUUAAUAAUAGUUUAACAUAAUGUAUUAAUUAAUUUAACUGUCCGUUAAUCAAUUGUAUUUU